AUGGUUACCCCCAGCUCUUCGUCGCUUAACAAGCAUGUCAUCCAGGAGGAGAUGAAAAGGAAUAGCGACUCCGCCUCCUUUUCCAGCAACGAGAUGACGACGCACACUUCCUCUCAGUCCCGGACACAGUCCUCCUCCGACGUUCGGACCAUGUCUUCUUCCAACCUCAGGACAGUCUCCUCCGGUCAGAUUCAGUCGUCGUCCUCAUCCUCAUCCUCAUGGAUGCGAGGUGUCUCCGAAAUGGCUCAGUUCGUGAAGAGCAAGAUCGUUCGCGAGCUGGAGGAUGUUCCCAAGUCCCACUUCGAGAAGAUCGACCUCGAAACGUACCUCGAGUACAUUGGUGACGAGCGCCUCAUUCAUAUGCCCUCGAAGGGCAGUCAAUGGGAUCGUGUAUUGAAAGAGGCCGAGUUCUUCGGUAUCCAGUUGGAUGACUUCGCUAGCAACCUCAGGCAGGUUAUUCCUGAGUGGCAGAAUGUCCGGAACACUGCUCUGGCGAGCUGCUACCUCCUACUCGAGCUCGGCUGUGACCAAGCCGAGGCUCUUGAGCCCACCUUCAACGCCUUCUACGAGCUCGGUCUCCUGUUGGCGCACACUAUCAGAUUGCAUGACAUGUUCUCUGCAAGCGAUGCUAUCAAGUCCGACCUCAGCCGUAUCUUUUCCAAUCUCGUCCACCUCGUCGGAGAUGUCGCCGUCUUUUACAGACAGCGCAUCAGCCGUCUGUACAGCGGCUCGGUCACGAUCGACUUUGACGCCGAGUUCGGCAGCCAGAUCUCCGAGAUUUGGUCCUUGAAGGAGCACCUCUUCAACCACAUGUGGGCACACAAGCUUCGCAGCAAGCAGCAGUCGCUAGACAUUGCCACCCUGCGUCAGCACCUGCUCCCCUCCAAGGAGUCGGUCAAGUCCUUUGUCUACGGCCGUGUUGCCGACCGCAAGCUUCGCGUUGACGGCACCUGCGAGUGGAUCAAGCACGACUUGGGCGAUUUCCUCGGAGGUGAGGAUGACAUCUUCACCAUCACUGGUAACGAGGGUUGCGGCAAGAGCAUGCUCGCCGCCUGGGUAAGGCAGAGGCUCGAACGGCCAAUUAACCGAGCCCAGUUCGAGACAAUCUCAUACACCUUCUCCAGCGAUAUCCCUGAAGAGUCAUCACCCAUCGGUCUCCUGAAGAGCUUGCUCUCUCAGCUGCUCGAGACUAAUGUUGGCGAUGUCGAUCUUUUCGAGAGGCUUGGUGUCAUUUUUGACCGCACGCCGCCUGGCGAGAACAGCCACAAGCUUGAGACCGAUCUCUGGGAGUCUCUCGAGUUGAGUCUGGCCGCCAUCAACAAGAAGACCAACCUUGUACUUGUCAUUGACGGGCUCGACGAGAUCACCGGCGGAACCCAGAAGGCGGGCGACCUGCACAAGCGCCUCCACACCGCUCUCAAGAAACACUCCAACAUCCAAGCCGUCACCUUCUCUCGCCCCAUCUCCCACCUCGGUGGUAGCGGCUGCAAGCACUUGGUCAUCACCCCAGACCACAUCCGCGAUGACAUCGAGUUAUUCCUUGCCAACAGGCUCAGGCGCAACCCCACGUUCGCUGCCGAAAACGAUCAGUCCAAGCGCAAUAUGAUCAACCAGCUCGCUGACCAGGCCAAGGGCUCCUUCCUGCACGCCUAUCUGUCAAUCAACCUACUCUCGACAGGUUUGAGCUUCAACUCAUUCCGAGACACCAUUGCGCAGUGCAAGUCUGACGUGAAGCUUGUCAUCGGAGAGCUGAUGAAGAAGGUCAACCUGAAGGAGGAGUACGGCGAGAGCAAGACCUACAAUCUUUUCAUCUACAUGAUCGCCGCCCAGCGCCCGCUCACAAUGGGUGAAAUGACCAACCUCAUGGGGGUUUCGAUCUCCAAGCGCUCGGUCUCUCCUUCGGCCGAUAUCUGGGGUCCUAUCAACAACACUCAGGGUCUUGUUGUCGUCCAUAGGGGUACUCUGAGAUUCAAGCACUCCGUCGUGAGGAAGUAUGUCCACAGCCUGUGUGGAAACGCCCUCAUGAGCAUCGAGGACACUCAUCGUCAUCUCACCAUGGCACUCAUGCUCUUCGCCAAGAUCAAGUUCACCCACUCCUACGAACCAUCCCUUGAGCCUCUUACCGACGACGUUGUUCAGAACUGCUUCCACUCUCAUCACAUCGUUCGUUACAUGAUGCAGCACUGGGUUUCCCACUUCCGCUCAUCCUCCCUGCACGACCAGAAGGGCAAGCUCACCCUUACUGCUGAGUUCAAAGAAUGUUUCCCCGAGAGCACGUUCUUCUCCCUUCUUGAGUGGUCCCACUGGCAGACCCAGUUCCCACUCAAGAGAACCAUUGAGAUGCAAGACUUGACUCUUCGCAUUCGUUCGGCCUGUUUCGGAGAGAAGCACCGCUCUUACCUCCAGAACCUCAUCAUCCUGGGAAACCUCCACAGACGCACGAACGACCAGACCUGCGCCGCCGAGUUCUUCUACAAGGCUUCUUGUGUUGGACAGGUUGUGCUCUACAAGUUCAGCCCUCUGGUGAUCUCCUGCUCCAACUUGUUCCUCUCGUGUACCGAGAAGAUCACCAUCACCACACGGACCACCACCGUCACCUACCGCGAGGAGAUGAUCAAGUACAUGAUCGAGAUGCACAAGGCCAAGAGCGGCAAGACCAGCGACGCUGUUAUCGGAUGGUACAAGGCACUCGCCAAGCUCUACAUCGAUAUCAAGGAAGAGGAGUCGGCAAUGGAGCUAUACAGGGAGCUUCACGCCAUUGUCACCCUCCGCUUUGGCAAGGGAUCCAAGAUGGAGUCCGAGAUCGCGGAAGAGGUUUCUGGCAUGACCAUUGACCUUCGAGGAAAGGGCGGCAACAACACCAAGCUCAUUACCCGCCACACCGAUCUCCUCUUUGACGCUGCCGAGGAGAUGUCUUAUACAGAUAUCCGUCGCAUCAAGAUCAUCCUGAGUCUUGCUCGCACUUACGAGUCCGAGAGAAAGUUCCUCAUGACCGAGAGGCUCUAUGUCAGCCUGUGGCGCUCCAUCCUGGAGGUCUGCCGUGAAAAGAGCACGACAGAGUUUCAGAUCGAGAAGCUCAACAUCGCCAUCGAGUACAUCCACUUCCUCAAGCGCAUCAAGCGGAACGAGGAGGCUUGCAACAUUCUGGUCUGCCUGUGGGCCGAGUACGAGCACCACACAUCUGAGUCCGAGGUCAUGGCCAUCCGCUUCAAGCAACUCGCCGUCAUCGCCAAGUCUUUUGGCAUCGUCAACGUCUCCAUGUCCAUGCUGAACAGAGUUUGGGGCUACUUUAAGUCGAAGAAGAACAUCGAGCACGAGGAGGCUCUCUCCACGGUGACCAUCAUGACAGAGGUCGUCGAGGAGGUCAUUGAGACUACCGUGGAGACCAAGACCACCACCACUGUCGUUGAGACUGUCACCAAGGAGGUUUUUGAGACUACAUACAACCGCUGCAAGGGCGGCAAGGUCAACAAGGGCUUCUUCAGCUCUUGUGUUGCCUUGGUCAACCUCUACUUGAGACAGGAGAACUGGGCUGAGGCUGAGGUCAUCACUCGCAAAUCCCUGGAGCUCUCCUGGAACGGUGUCCUGACCGCCGAUUCCAAGCUGACCAUCGAGGGAGAGUUCGUCUCGGAGCGGAUUGCCGUCGCCAAACGUCUUGCUCUUUGCUACCACAAGCAGAGACAGUUCGACAGGGCCGAGGAGAUUUACCUUCGCGUCUUCAACGCCUGCUUCCACUCUCUUCGUGUUGAGGACCACUGCGUUCUCGAGGCCGCUGUCGGUCUCGUCGAGUUCUACGAGGAGUACCACCGCCACGAGAAGGUCAUUGAAACCUACAACCGACUUCUCCAGCACUACCGCAAGAACCUCAAGAAGGAUCACCAGCUCACGGUGCAGACGCUGUACAAGCUUGCAGCCGUCUACCUCAAGCUCGGCCGCAAGGAGGCGUACGACUGCUACCACGAGAUUGUCACCAUCUAUUCGCACGAUGGCUGUGUCCAUGCCGCCGGUCUUGAUGCCGCGAUCAUCGUCCUCAACCACUACCACCUAGAGAAGCGCUGGUCUGAGCUUCAGAAGAUCUGCUCCUCUCUGUGGUCGACAUUCACCCACCACCGCGAGAUCAAGUUCACCGAGGAGAUGGUCGAGCUUAUCUAUGAGCGCUACCGCUACGUCUUGGAGUUCCACGCCAAGACCGAUUUCAACUUCCGCUACAAGCUGACGAUCGAGUACCGCGACACGGUCACCAAGGUAUUCGGUGCCUCCUCUGCUAUCGUCAUCAAGGCCAUGAUCGCGCUUGCUGAGGUGUGCGAGGGCUCCGAAGAGCACUACCAGGAGUCUGUCCGCAUCUACGAAGAGGUCAUCACCAGGACGAAGACCACUACCGUCGUCACCGAGACCACGGUCAAGACGAUGAAAAAGCGUCUGUCCAAGCUUUACGUGACCGUUGUAACCACUGGCAAGGUUUCAACUACGGCAACCGUCGAGCGCGCCAUCGCGGUCAGCGUCGAGAUCUACGAACAGCUCAGGAUCGAGUUCGGCUGGUGGCACGAGACUACUCUUGCCAAGCUGAAGGAGAUCACUUUGCUGUACAAGAAGCUCGGCACCAAGGAGUCCCACCUCGCCAUCGUCCAGAUGCUGCAGGCCUCUGUCAUGGAGAUCAUCUCGACGGUCACCAUCUCCACGACUCUGCACUCUGCCGCCACUUCGCUGGCCCAGAUCUACAUCGCCUCCGGUAUGGUGCGUCACGGCCACGACCUCGUCCGCCAGCUGCGCUACGUCCUCCUCUUCCCCGGCUUCGAGGGCGGCGAGAAGGACGUCAGCAUCAAGAUUUCCCGCAAGACGAGCAAGGUGUCGCUCGUCUUCCUCAUCUCCUUCGAGCAAGCCUUGAACGUCGAUUCCAAGGUGUCGUACAGCUUCUCCGAGAUCAUGGCCGAUGUUCUCCUUGAGACCAUCCUCUACGAGCAGUACCUGUCCGUCAUGUCUAGCUUCACCGAUAACAGCAACAUCGAGGUCGUCAUCGAGCACGCCGCUCGCCUCCGCUUCGUCUGGGAGUCCCGCGGUCGCACCGGCUUCGUGUCGGUCCUCGACAAGAAGCUCUUCUCCCUGUUCACGUCGAGAUACGCCAAGUUCCUCGGCCCUGCGACCAACAACCAGGCCGGCUCCGACUUUUACGUCGGUCUGCUCCGCGAGAUCGGCGAGGGUAUUGCCGCCGACAGGGACGCCAUUGACUUUGGUCUCGUCUCCUGCAGGGCCGCGUACAGCGUCACCAAGAGGUUCAUGGAGAAGGAGAAGGACACCCCUAGAGCCCACGAGGUUGCCAAGGUGGCUUUCAGCUUUGCCAACUCUCAAAAUUUCUACUCUGCUGGACGCAACUAUGUCUGGGGCUACCGCCUCGCUGAACUUCUGGCUGGUAUCAACGUAGAGAGCUGGAAGUCUGCAGACAACGGUACCAAGGAGUCCUGUUUGUCUACCAGCAGGAACAUCAUGCAGUUCGUACUUACCGCCCUGAAGGAGCGCAAGGGAUUCGAGUUUGCCACCUCCCAGCCGGAAGACGUGCGCAGCCUCAUCUACCUUCUUGGCGAGCAGAAGAACUACACGGAACUCGAGAACCUUCUCACUCUGCUCUGGCGGUCCAGAGAGGUCCAGCGCACCUGGUACCCCGACACGGUCCUCAACAUUGGCUCCCUGCUGGUCAACGCGCACAUUUCAGCCGGACACCUCGACCAAGCCAUCACCCUCUGCGACACUCUCUACUACAACCUCCGUCAAUCCCGCGGCGGCUUGGACGCGCAAGCCCUCGACUUCGCCAAUCGCCUGUGCCAGCUCCUCCGCCGCGCCAAUCGUCUCCGCGACGCAGCCCGCGUGCACCAGGACGUGGUGGGCGACCUGGACGAGCAUCUCCUCGCGACACGCGGCUCCGACAAGGACGAGCGCCUGCGCGCCGCCGCCGACGCGCACCUCGACGGCAUGCGCAGGUGCGGCUGGGCCUCUCGCGGCGACAGCGUGAGGACGACGAGAGACGUGUACGGGCGCCUCAAGGGGUACGGCAAGCUGAACACGCAGCCGGUGGAGAACUGGGCGCCGCUGAGCGCGGCGGACGAGAAGAGGGAGGUGAACGCGGCGGUGAACUGGCAGAUGGAGUGGAAGCUGAACGGGCCUGAGAUGUCGAGGCCCGGUAUGCAGAAGAGGCCCACGAUCGCGUCGGCCAAGGAGAGGUGGAGGUGCUGGAGUUACGGGUCCGGCAUGGAGGUGCCGACUAACCAGACGGUGUACUGA